AUGGUCAAGAAGAGCAUCGACGUCAAGGUCCGGCCUCUCGCCAACAACACAGGCCUCGAAAAGGCGUCCCUGGCCGGCGCCGCCCGCGUCUACGUUACCAAAGACGCCCUCCUCUCGCUGUCCAACGGUCUCGAGAGCAGGCCAUGCAUUCUCGACAAGAUUCCCGGUGAUGGCGGGGAGCCACCCUUGCCCAAGAGGGAAGCCCUCCUCUGCGCCAACCCCCAGGGUAUGAGUGCUCACGUCGUCCUCAUGACCCGUGCCUUCCUCGAGGCCUCGGGCUUCAAGCUCGGUGACCAGCUGAGCAUCUGCCUGACCGCUGCCGCCUCGGUGCCGGACGCCGACGAGGUGGUUGUCGAGGACGUCUCGGACGAGGACGACAAGUCCUCGCUUGGUACAAAGUAUGCUCCAUGCUGGGAGCAUUCCCUGAGCAUCUCCAUGAAUCGCGCCGAGAUUGUGUUUCCUGGAAUGGUGUUUGAGGGCGUAAAUAUCAAUAAAUUCCGCCGCAACUACAAAGUCCUCACCGUCAAUGCACAAACGAACAACGUGGCCAAGUUCAAGCUCUCGUCCACAGCUUUGCGUAUUUCCUCGUUACCGGCCGAAGAAGAGGUCGACGAGGCUGCAUUGCCGGCCGGCGAACUCACCGUCACGGGAAUCCCCGGCUUGGCUGCCCAGAUUAGCACCCUCAACAGCUUCCUCCGCGGAUUCACACGCCCCUUUCUCCUCCCCGAUGAGCGAUCCUCCUGCGGUCUCGUCAUACACGGCGGGCCCGGCACGGGGAAAACCUUGAUUCUCAAACGGCUUGAGGCUACGAGAUGGGGCAAGACGUACUGGGUCGAGCCGACGGACAAGAUGUCGACCAUGCGGGAGACGUUCAAGCUAGCGCGCGCCUCGGCGCCAAGUAUCAUCUUCAUCGAUGGCCUUGAAAAGAUUACGGGAAAGGACCGCUCCAACCGCGAGUUUGUCAUCGACAUUCUCGCCAAGGAGCUCGGUUCCCUGUCCGCCGAGAUACAGAGCACUCAGGCCCUUCCGCAGGUCGUGGUCAUCGCUACCUGCCGGGACUAUAUGCUCGAGGUUCCCGAAGACCUUCAGAGGAGGCCCUACUUCCGCACAAACAUCGCCCUCCCCAUCCCUCGUGCCUCCGAGCGCCUCGAGAUCCUCCGCUUUUACAACCCUGCCAUCAGGCCCGAGGAGAAGGAAGCCUGUCUCGUGGGCAUCUCCCAGAAGACGCAUGCCUACAGCGGUGACGACCUUGUCAAUCUGAUCGAGGAUGCAGCCAAAUGCCUUCGGCGACGACUGGAUGACAUGGAGCUGGCGGACGAUGCGAAACAGGAGCACCUUCUUACCACGAUCGAUAUGGAGGCCGCCCUGCGCAUCACCCGUCCCACCGCCAUGCACGACAUUAACCUCAAACCACCGACGAUACACUGGAAGGACGUGGGCGGCCAAGAACCGCUCAAGAGGGUCCUCCAGCGCAUGAUCAAGAAGACCAAGGGCACCCAGCCGGCAGCGCUUCCCGUCCUCCGCCACCCACCCAAGGGCUUGCUGCUCUACGGCCCACCAGGCUGCUCCAAGACGCUUUCGGCCCAGGCCAUGGCCACGGAGUCGGGCUUCAACUUCUUCGCCGUCAAGGGUGCCGAGCUGCUCAACAUGUAUGUCGGCGAGUCAGAGCGCGCCGUCCGCACUCUUUUUGAGCGCGCGAGAGCCGCCAGCCCGUCCAUCAUCUUCUUUGACGAGAUCGACUCCAUCGGCGGCCAGAGGGGUGGCGGGCCCGGCGGCGCCUCGGCUGCUUCUCGAAGCACCGGCGCCGUCAACAUGCUGACCACCCUGCUGACCGAGAUGGACGGCUUCGAGGCUCUCACGGGCGUCCUCGUCCUCGCGGCCACGAACCGGCCCGAGGCCAUCGACCCGGCCCUCAUCCGGCCCGGCCGCUUUGACCAGGUGGUGUACGUGGGCCCGCCCGAUGGUGUCGCCCGCGAGGCCGUCUUCACCGUCCACCUGCGCGGUCUUGCCGUCGCGGACGAUAUUGACAUUCCCGAGCUCGCUCGCCGCGCCGACGGCUACUCGGGCGCUGAGAUCAAGGCCAUCAUAAACGAGGCCGGCUUGGCCGUCGAGGAAAGGUACGACGACGACGAGACAGGCACUGCCAGGUUCGAGCUCGCCAUGGAUGACCUGAUCGCCGCCAUGGACAAGACGCCGAGGAGGAUCACGAGGGAGAUGGUAGAAAGCUACGAGGAUUGGCACCUACAAUUUACAAGCCGGUUGAAAUAG